AUGUCUUCUCCCUCAACCCAACAAACCUUCCUAAUAACAGGCGCAACCGGCAACCAAGGCCUCUCAACCAUCACCGCCCUCCUCUCCCUUUCCAUCCCGCCCUCGCAAAUCCACGCCCUAACCCGCACCCCCUCCUCCCCAAAAGCCCAACGCCUCCUCUCCCUCGGCCUCACCGUCAUCCAAGCCGACAUCUCCCACCCCUCCACCCUCCUCCCCGCCCUCCAAAACAUAACAUCCCUCUUCAUCCUCCCCUUCUGCGACAUGUCGGCCCCAUACCUCCAAUCCACCCACCUCUCGAACCUGCUUUCCGCCGCAAAGGCCGCUGGAAGCGUCAAGCAUAUCGUGCUUAGCACCGUUAUUUGCGCUGAAUUGCAUCCAAUCUGGCUCCGUGAGCGAGGGGACAGUUAUCUCGGGAGGCCGUACUACGAAUCGAAAUUCCUGUGCGAGGAAGUUCUCAGGAAAGAAGCGGAGAUGGGGGGAUGGAGUUACGCGAUUGUGAGACCGGGGUGGUAUUCGAAUACGCAUUACGUGCCGCCGGAGUGCGGGAAUCAUUUUCCGGAGUUGGUGGGGGAGGGGGUACUAAAGGUUAGUUAUGGGGUGGGGGAGAGGGUGGGGCAUGUGGAUGUGAGGGAUGUUGGGGAGGUGGUUGCUGAUGCGUUGGUGCAUAGCGAGAAGUGGAGGGGGAGGGAGGUUGAUGUUGUGGGUGAGAAUUUGGGGAUUGGGGAUGUGGCGGGGAUUUUGGCGGAGGUUAUGAAAGAACUCCCUGGAGUUUUUGAAGUGAAGAUAACGGGAAUUGAGGGGAUGGGUCUAAAGUUGAGGGGCUUGAAGGAGACCUUUGCAGAAGGAACGGAAGAGAGGAGGAAAUUAUUUGAGAUGUGGGGUUUGGAGGAGAAGAAGGAUGAAGAAUGA